AUGGACGCCGAAGCCCAGAAAAAGAUCGUCCAGAGUCAUGGCCACCUUGUGUCUCACAAGCCUGCCCACCAAAUCAGUUUGAAAGGCAAAUUCAGCGCUGAAGACAGUGGUCCUCCGUCUCCCUCAUCUGGACCUGUGAACAACUUCGGAGAAGUCGCGCCCGGCCUCUACCGGAGCAGCUUCCCGCAUGCCGACAAUAUGGAGCAUGUGAUGUCGUUGGGACUAAAGUCGAUUCUCACCCUGGUGAAGACACCUCACUCAGAAGAUUUCCUCGAGUACGUGGAAGAGGAGGGCAUUGAGCAUUUCCGUAUCAUCGUCCCCGCGCACAAGAACCCUUCCAGUAUCAUUCCGAUAGACACGCUUCUCGAAACGCUCAAAAUCAUCCUCAAUCGAUCUAAUCAUCCGCUACUGAUCCAUUGCAACAAGGGCAAGCAUCGAACGGGGUGCAUGGUUGCUUGUUACCGGAAAUUGUCUGGCUGGACCGACGCUGCUAUCAUCACGGAAUAUCGCACCUUCGCAGGGGACAAAUUCCGCCCUCUAGACGAAGCGUUCAUCGCCUCCUUCAACGCAGAAGUGGCCCAGCAGAUCCUCGAUGGCGUGGAUAUCCCUUACGUCCCUCUCCAGACGAGACCGGUUCAGAGAAGGCUAGGAAGCCCACCGCCUUUUCCCUGGGGCAUCCAAGCCGAGUCCUUUCGUGUCGCGACGGACGACUCGGCCGACAGUCUCCCCACGCCGCCGCCUUCGGACAAAUCGGAGAAAGGCUACGAUGACGACGUAUGGCCUCCGUCUAGGGGUCCCUCGCCGGACCGAUGGUGA